UAAACACAACGCUCAACAGUGGCUCUUCCCCCACCGACCCCCUCUAUCCACAUCUAUAGCUGUGCAAGACACAAUGACCUGGUCCGAGAGUGAAUCCGAACUGCAGGAAUCCAUGUCGGACGACGAAGGAUCUGAUGGUCUUGACUACAACCAGGAGGUGUCUGGUCGCAGCUCAUCAGCGAGUCCAUCGGAGCAUAUCUGCAAGCUGUAAUGGAAGACGCUCGAUCCAGCGAGCCUUUUAUGACCAGUGGCGGUCUUUCCAGCGCAGUCAAUCCCGCCAUAUUCAUUCCCAAGGUGGGCCCCAUCCGGCUGCCCAUCUCAACCGAUGACGCCAAGGCCAUCAGCCACUUCUGCCGCCAGAGUCCCUACGACGAGGGAAUUGAACCCCUGGGAGAAGAAUCGGUCCGUAAGAGUUGGCAGCUCGACGCAGACCAGUUUGUUCUCCAGAAACCCCAAUGGCAGGUCCAACUCGGCAGGUUUGUGAAGAAGGCCAUCGCCGGUCUUGGUCUGCCGGCAAGCUCCCAAGAGGUGAAGGCGGACCUAUACAAAUUAUUGAUCGACGAGGAGGGCGCCUUUUCCCCACCACACCCAGAUUCGGAGAAGGCUGAUGGCAUGUUCGCUACGCUCGCCGUAUGCCUCCCCUCCAAGCAUGAGGGAGGAGACCUGAUCGCCUUUCACAAGAACGCACGCCUCGAAUUUCAGACGGCGCCAACCUCGGAAUUUGGCUUUUCCUGGGCGGCAUGGUAUGCGGAUGUCACCCACGAGCUGAAGCCUGUAGCAUCCGGAUAUCGGGUGGUCCUGGUCUACAACUUGAUCCAUCACCCGUCGGCCGCACUUCUGAAUAGUAAGGCCAGUCAGGCCGAUAAGCUUGCUCAUUUGCUUGUUCCUUGGGCCCGCCCCGCUGACGAGGACGCCAUCCGUUAUCUCGAUGGGUGGGAUACGGAUCCCUAUGAUAUGUAUCCACCAGCACUCGUCUACUUACUCGAAAACCAGUAUACCAGUGCGAAGCUCGGCAUUUCUCAGCUGGCAGGGACUGACGAAUCUCGGUUCAUGCAACUUCGAAAUGCAUGUGAAAGGGCGGGGUUGGAAAUUUUCCUAGCUAACGUUGAGAAAAAAGAUACGGGUGAGGUUCACAAUGAUAAAUGCGAAGAUGGCGAUUGGAGCUGGAGAGACAAUGGCACUCAUGAAUUCAUAGAGCUGAUGAGGUCCAGCCUUGAGUUCUCGCAGGUGGUGGACUUGGAAGGCAAUGUGAUCGGGGAGCAUUUACCGUUCCCCGAAAGGAUGCUUGUUCAAGCGGAUACGUUCAAUCGUGAUCCGGACUAUGAAGACUAUGAUGACUUUGGGAGCAGUGAGACAGCUGAAGCGACUCACUUUUAUCGAGCGACAGGCGCAUUGAUUAUCCCAGCCGGAUUUCACUUCAUGUUGGACUUGCAACAGCUCAAACAUGGCCAGCGUGAUGCCGGCAAAUUUCUCGAAGAUUGUCAUCGUGUCGUAUUAGAGCGUCCAAAUGACAAGUUGGCCAAGCUAAGACUGCUGCAUGUCUGCCGGGUAAUAUUUCCGGCGAGACGCGAUGAUUCACGUUGUUAUGCGGCCGCCAAGCUCAGGGACCGACGAUCAUGGCAAGAAAAGGUGAUGCAGAUUGCUGUUGAACUUGCUGAACCGGCGUUAUAUUGCCGGGUCCUGGUGGCGCGUAAGGGUGACAUUUCACCCGCCCAGGUCGCGCAAGCCGCCAGGUUUAUCUCGGAGCAUAGCAUUGAUGCUGUUCGGUCUUCGUAAAUUGUAGCCAUGCAUCUAUAUGGCGUUCAUGCAAUGAUAGGUCUUGCAGGCUGGACAAGAUCUUGAAUAUAAAAUAUUCCGACCAAAUCUUUCGACCAAUGAGUUUGAUUGCACGUUUGGCCCGAGAAUAUUCUUCAAUUUGUGAGAGGCAGAAUCACC